ACGGGGAGGGUAUAAAAAAAAGUGAAGAAGCCAGCUCUCUCCUCCAUUGUUCUUCUCGUCCUGGAAGUCUGGGAGCGGGGACGGUCUGCGGACGCGGCUGCGCUGCUCGGGUCCCGGACGGCGGGCUGUCGUCACCAUGACGGGCUCCGGUCCGAAGCUCGGCGUCCUGCUGCUGGUGGCGGUUCUGCUGCAGACGGUGGUGGUCACCAUCACCGUGCUGCACUUCACCACGGCUCUCAACUCGAUGAAGGAGACGUUCGCCCGGAGCAGUGUCUCCUGUCUGACGGGCUCUGACCUGCAGAGCAUCACGGCUGGAAGAGGAGAUCCGUGUUGGCAGGUCACCGAGCAGCUCCACCUGCUCAUCGAAAAGUCUCUGUCUCAGCGUUACCAGAGGAGGAUUACUUCAGCAGUGAAAG